AGUACAUUGGGAGUGUCCUCUGGGGACAUACUCAAGUCUCAGCAAUAGUCUUGAUAGCAGUAUCCCUCAAUGGAAGAAGGAAACUUUUAACAAAGAUUUUUCCUUUACUCACAGAAAGGCACUUGAAUAAAGGAAACCACAAUGACUCCGGCCCAGCUGCACUGCUUGUGUCUCGUUACACUUUAUCUGACAACUGGAUAUGGUGAAGAUGGGAAGUUUAGUGGACCCUUAAAAGCAAUGACAUUUUCUAUCUUUGAAGGUCAAGAACCAAGUCAAGUCAUAUUCCAGUUUAAGGCCAAUCCUCCUGCUGUGACAUUCAAGCUAACUGGGGAAACAGAUGGAAUAUUCGAGAUACAACCAAAUGGAUUGUUGUAUCACACCAAACCCCUGGAUAGGGAAAGGAGAGCUGUUCAUGAACUCCAGGUUUCAGCACUGGAUGCUCAAGGAGCUACAGUGGAGGGCCCAGUCCCCAUCACUAUAGAAGUGAAAGACAUCAAUGACAACCCACCUAGAUUUCUCCAGUCAAAGUAUGAAGGUUCCGUAAGGCAGAAUUCUCGCCCAGGAAAGCCCUUCAUGUAUGUUAAUGCUACAGACCUGGAUGAUCCAGCCACUCCCAAUGGCCAACUUUCUUACCAUGUUCUAAUCCAGCUUCCCAAGGUCUCUGAAAUAAUGUACUUUCAGAUCAACAACAAGACAGGGGGCAUUUCACUGACCCCCGAUGGAUCUCGGUCACUGGAUCCCACUAAGAAUCUUAACUACAAUUUGGUGAUCUCAGUGAGGGACAUGGGAGAACAUCCCUUCAGUGAUACCACAUCUGUGGAUAUUACGGUGAAGGAGAAUAUUUGGAAGAUGCCAGAACCUGUGGAGAUUAUAGAAAACUCAACUGAUCCUCAUCCCAUCAAAAUCACCCAGGUGCAGUGGAAUGAGCCAGGUGCGCGAUAUGACUUGGUUGAAAAGGAGAAGCUGCCAAGAUUUCCAUUUUCAAUUGACCAGAAUGGAGAUAUUUUUGUGACUCAGCCUUUGGACCAUGAAGAAAAGGAUUCAUAUGUCUUUCAUGCGAUUGCAACAGAUGAGAAUCGGAAGCCACUUGCAGCCCCUCUGCAAGUCUAUGUGAAAGUGAAAGACAUUAAUGAUAAUCCACCUACUUGUCCAUCUGAGAAGACUGUGUUUGAGAUCCAGGAAAAUGAAAAUAUAGGGAGUGACAUUGGAACUUUCACUGGCCAUGACAUGGAUGAGAAAAACACUGAGAAUAGUCUUUUAAAAUACAAACUUGUGGAUCAAACCCCCAAAUUUCCCCAGGAUAACCUCUUUAUGAUCCAAACCUACUUAGGACUUCUCCAGUUGUCUAAACAGUCCUUGAAGAAACAAGACUCUUCUCAAUACAAUUUAACAAUAGAGGUGUCUGACAAAGAUUUCAAGACUGUCUGCCUUGUACAAGUCAAUGUUAUUGAUAUUAACGAUCAGAUCCCCAUCUUUGAAAAAUCAGACUAUGGAAACCUAACAUUUGCUGAAAACACAGCUGUGGGAACUACCAUCUUAGUCAUCCAGGCCACUGAUUCUGAUGAGCCAUUCACUGGAAGUUCUAAAAUCCAGUAUCUCAUUACAAAAGGAGACAGUGAGGGACGACUAGGGGUUGACACAGACCCCCAAACCAAUGCUGGAUAUGUCAUACUGAAAAAGCCUCUUGAUUUUGAAGCAGCACCCAUCCUCAACAUUAUGGUCAAGGCUGAGAAUCUGGAGCCUCUGGUGUCUGGUGUGAAUUACAAUGAGAGCUCUUAUGCCAGUUUCACACUUUUUGUGACCAACGUGAAUGAAGCACCUCAGUUUUCUCAACAUGUUUUCCAAGCAGAAGUCAGAGAGGAUGUAGCUAUAGGGACUACGGUGGCUAAAAUGACUGCUGUGGAUCCAGAAGGUUUGGACUUAAGUUAUUCACUGAAAGGUGAGGAGAGAGGCUGGCUUAGAAUUGACCGUACCACAGGUGACAUCUUAACUGCAGCUCGGCUGGACAGGGAAACUGAAAGUCUACACCGAGUGCAAGUGGUGGCAGCUGAAACAACUAAGCCCUUCUUGAGCUCUACGGUGGAGUUCCAUCUUACCAUCACAGAUGUGAAUGACAACCCCCCGCGUCUGGCCAAAGACUACAUAGGCCUGUCCUUCUGCUAUCCCCUUAAAGGACCUGAAAGUCUCAUUUUUGCAGCCACUGAUGAUGAUAAACAGUCAUUUCGGGGUCCACAUUUUACGUUUUCUCUCGGCAGUGAACACUUGAAAAAGGACUGGGAAGUUUCCAAGAUCAAUGGAACUCAUGCCAGACUCUCUACCAAGCAUAAGGGCUUUGAAGAGAGAGCUUAUAACAUCCCAAUCCGCAUCAAUGAUGGUGGCCAACCACCCUUAGAAAGUCUUGUCUCUUUGACAGUUACUUUCUGCACAUGUGUGGAAGGAAGUUGUUACAGGCCAGUGGGUCAGCAGCCUGGGAGACCUACUGUGGGGAUGGCUGUUGGCAUACUCCUGUCCACCUUACUUGUCAUUGGAAUAAUUUUAGCAGUUGUGUUUAUCCGAAUAAAGAAGAAUAAAGGUGGGGACAAUGUUGAAAAUACUCAGGCAUCAGAAGUCAAACCUCUGAGAGACUGAAUGUGAAAAGGAAUGCUUGAAUUUAUGUAAGACAACCAUUGAGUCCCCCCUUUUUUUUUUUUUUUUUUACAAAUAUCCCAUUUUGCGUACUGUAGGUCUU